UCAUUCCGCAUUGCACAUACGUUUCGUCCCAUAUAACAGCACCAUAAAAAGUCCAUGAGUUUUCGAAGUCGUUUUAACAUAUGCGUGUAUAUGUGUCAAAUAACAAACUGUCACUAAUCCGCAGAAAUUAAAAUUGUGUUGCCUAAGGGUUUUUGUUAGUAUUAACAUUUUUUCAUCUAGUUUUCAGGAAAAUAUCGUGUAACCCUAUUGAAGUCUUGCAGCAUAUUCUAUUUACAUUUAAAGUUGCCAGCGUGAUGCGAGUAGGGAGCGCGGCUAGAACCCUCGACGUUCAUUUACAUUAAAAUAUAAAUUUCUUGUGUGCGCGAUAAAUUUCAAGGAAUAGUUUGUCUUCCAAGUUUGCGAUUUAGAAUAAUAAAAUGUCAAUAAUAGAAAAGUAUUUAGGAGAACCUACAGAAGAGUAUAUAGAAGAGCUUAUAGAAGAGCAUAUAGAAAUGGAUAUAAAAAAGGAGCCAAACGAGGACUUUGAAAAGCGUUUAGAAGAAUAUGCACAAAAGUAUAUAGAACAGCAAAAUCUUAAGAAAUGUAACGAUAAUAAAAAGAAGAAAGAGGAACCAGAUAUACAGAUUAAAAAAAACUCACCAUUUUUUAUAGCUAUAUCAUUUGCAUGUGACGCCUUGAUAGCAUGUGCCAAACAAUUAAACAUAAUGGGUGCACAAUAUAAUGAAGGAUAUUAUGGUGAUUUACUUGCAAUAUGUGCAAAGAACAUAAAAACAGAAAUGGAGGAAAACAGAAUUUCAAUAAAACCUUCUAAAGCUUUUAUGCAAAUAAGUAGAGUUAUUGAAAGUGAAACACGUGAUUAUCAUAGUACAACAUACUCAUUAUUUUUUAAGACUGCUGCCGAAGUAUUUCAGAGCUUUAAAACCCAUGAAGAUGAUGAUAAUGAUGAAGAUGAUGAGCCAUUAACAGUUGAUAUGUGGUGGUCUGCUUUAACAUCCGCAAAUCAAAUAAUAUCUGAGGCCACUGAUUUGUCGGUUGGUGAUCGAUCUAUGAUGGAUGCUCUAAUACCCGCGGAACUUAGUUUAAAAGAUGCGUUAGAUUCAGGCUUAAGUCCCGUCGAUGCAUUUAGGAAAGCUGUCGAAGCAGCUGAGUCUUCUGCUGAGCAAACUUUGAACAUGCCACAAACUCGCCUUGGUUACACACUUCACCAGAAGUUCAAAUAUAUAGAUUCUGAAUCACAUGCUGUUUGUAUAUGGAUGAGAGCUGCUUAUGAAGGUUUCAAACUGAAGUUUGGCAAUUGAACACAAUAUGUAUGAAAGAAAUAAAAUAUCUUCCUUCCUCUUA